AAAAAAAGCCGGCUUGUUCCAGCUCUCUUUUGCUGCUGAAUUAUCAUUUUCGUUCUACCAGGAAUCAAGUGCUCUUGUUUUCUUCUUCUUCUUCUUUAAUCGAUAAAAUAUAUUUUUAUUUUUUUUGACUGGUUUGUGUAUGUGGGCGUGAUUUCUAUUGGUGUUCUAAUCUGAUCGGGGAGAGGAAGGAGGAAUUGGACUGGUUUCGUUUCCAAUUUUGAUGGGAUUUUCGUGGAUGAUAGGAUUAUGAGGUGAACUGUUAAUUGGGUUUUUUGGGAUAAAUCUGCCAAGUCGUUGGAGGUGUAAGGAUUUGGAAGGUUUGAUUGAUUUUAGGAGAUGGGUUGUUUCCCUUGUUUCGAUUCAAGAGAGGAGAAACUGAAUCCAUUGCGAGAUAAUGAUGAUGCAAAACAAGGCCAGACAACAGUCUCCCCUCACGUUUACAGAUUAUCUUCUGGAGUAGAAAGGCUCAGAUCAAGAAGCAAUGGAGGGUCUAAGAGGGAACUACCUGGUGCAAGGGAUGGUCUGCCUGUCCAAAUUACUGCUCCAACAUUUACUUUUGGUGAGCUUGCUGCUGCAACUAAGAAUUUCAGGCAAGAGUGUUUCUUAGGAGAAGGAGGAUUUGGACGUGUAUAUAAGGGACGACUGGAAAGCACUGGUCAGGAUGUUGCAGUAAAACAAUUGGAUAGAAAUGGUCUACAAGGUAACAGGGAAUUUUUAGUUGAGGUCCUCAUGCUUAGCCUUCUUCAUCAUCCAAAUUUAGUGAACUUGAUUGGCUACUGUGCUGAUGGGGAUCAACGUCUCCUUGUCUAUGAGUUUAUGCCUUUGGGAUCUUUGGAAGAUCACCUUCAUGAUCUUCCACCUGAUAAAGAACCCCUAGAUUGGAACACAAGAAUGAAAAUAGCUGCUGGUGCUGCUAAAGGUUUGGAGUACCUGCAUGAUAAAGCAAACCCUCCAGUAAUUUAUAGGGAUUUCAAGUCAUCCAACAUAUUACUGGAUGAAGGCUUUCAACCAAAGCUUUCUGAUUUUGGCCUUGCAAAGCUUGGUCCUGUUGGGGACAAGUCACAUGUUUCCACCAGAGUUAUGGGUACUUAUGGUUAUUGUGCCCCUGAAUAUGCCAUGACCGGACAGCUUACAGUGAAAUCUGACGUCUAUAGUUUUGGAGUAGUUUUCUUAGAGCUGAUUACUGGACGUAAAGCAAUUGACAGCACCAAACCCCACGGGGAGCAGAACCUUGUUAACUGGGCACGUCCAAUGUUCAACGAUCGCAAGAAGUUCUCAAAACUGGUAGAUCCAUGGCUGGAAGGUCGCUAUCCAAUACGGGGUCUUUACCAAGCGUUAGCUGUGGCAUCCAUGUGCAUCCAAGAACAGGCUGCUCGUCCUCUCAUCGGGGAUGUGGUUACUGCCCUCUCUUAUCUGGCGAACCAGUCAUAUGACCCGAGCUCUCAUGGCCCCAGAGGUUCAGGUGAUAGGGAUGAGAAAAGAAACAGAAAUGAGAGAGGUGGCAGUAUAUUAAAGAAUGAGGAAGGCGGAGGAUCUGGACGCAGAUGGGACUUGGAUGGGUCUGAGAAAGAGGACUCCCCAAGAGAAACUGCGAGGAUGUUAAAGAGGGAUAUAGAUAGAGAACGAGCUGUUGCUGAGGCUAAGACGUGGGGAGAGAACUGGCGAGAAAAAAGAAGACAAAGUGCGCAAGGCAGUUUUGAUGGCAAUAACGGGUAGUUGCAAGUGACAGUUCUAGCCACCAUUUCCCCCAUUCACUUCUUCUGCAGCAUUUUCUUACCAGACUGAACAAACUGAAGCUGAACUUUUGUUGUGCUGGUCCAUCCAAGGUGGUUGUUAUUGAAGGAACUUGGUGUCAGCAAGUUGUCAACUUUUCUCUCUCUUUUAUCUUUUAGGUCCUUUUUGACAUCACAGAACAAGAAGAUGAUGAUAAUGAUAUGACAAAGGCAGUGAUGAGAAGCAUAAUUGAGAGUGUACAUUAUCUGCUAGGAGAGCAAAAGCGGAACAGAGCAGACAUUUAUAAAAGUUUUGAGAGGUGAUGUUAUGCUGU